AGACGGGACUGUGAGGAAUCAGGCUCUUGGGACGGGACUGAAGGGAUCGGGGACCGGAGAAGAGGCGGCUGUAGGGACCCGGGCUCCAGGCGGGACUUAGGGAACCGGGGGCAGAUGCGAGUUCUCCGGCACCUGAGGGAAAGCGGUCUCAGAGGGACAGGAUUGUGAGGACCCGCGCUCCUCAGAGGAGAGGGGUCGGAGCGGAGCCGGGCGUGCGGACCCGGGCUCCUGAGGUAAAAGCGGAGCUGGGAGGACUUGGACUCCUGCGAGGCAGAAGCGGGACAGGGAAGACCCAUGCGCCCGAGGACUCAGCAGCAGAGCAGCGAAGACUUAGGUCGUUGAGGGGCGGAAAAAUUGAUUGGUCUUGGUCCUCAUACCUCCAGGAAGAAACAGGAUCUCGAUAAGCUCUAUGAGCUGAAGUCCAAAGCUCGGCAGAUUAUGAACCAGUUUGGCCCCUCAGCCCUCAUCAACCUGUCCAAUUUCUCAUCCAUAAAACCAGAACCAGCCAGCACCCCUCCACAAGGCUCCAUGGCCAAUAGCACUACAGUAGUAAAGAUACCAGGCACGCCUGGGUCUGGAGGGCGUCUCAGCCCUGAAAACAAUCAGGUGUUGACCAAGAAGAAAUUACAAGACUUAGUAAGAGAAGUGGAUCCUAAUGAACAAUUGGAUGAAGAUGUAGAGGAGAUGCUGCUGCAGAUUGCUGAUGAUUUUAUCGAGAGUGUAGUGACAGCAGCCUGCCAGCUUGCUCGGCAUCGCAAGUCCAGCACCCUGGAGGUGAAGGACGUCCAGCUGCACCUAGAGCGCCAGUGGAAUAUGUGGAUCCCAGGAUUUGGCUCUGAAGAAAUCCGACCCUACAAAAAAGCUUGCACCACAGAGGCUCACAAACAGAGAAUGGCAUUGAUCCGGAAAACAACCAAGAAAUAACACAUGGAAAGAUCAGGGAAUGGACAACAUUGUAUUUGGAGAUACUUGAGCUGAGACCUCAGCCAUCUCAUCUUUGGAUUUUUUUUUUAAUGCUUUACAGAGAAGCAUAUAUUUUUUAUUAACAGUGCAGCAAUAUCUAUAAUGACUGAGAGGAUCUGCCAAAAGAAUAAAGCCUCCUGCCCCCACUUUGGCCCCUUUUCCCUGCCGUCUCAAAGAGGAGCAAUUUAUCUUCCAGAGAAGAUUUUAUUUGUGGUUUAUUAUAUAAGUGAUUGAAUAUGGGACAAAGCAGUAUGGUCUUGUUUGGUGAGACAGUAUUAGCAGGAUUGGUAGAGGUUUUUGUUUCCUUCUCCCUUCCUCUUCCCCUGUACUUUGUAAUGUCAGUGUUUAUAUGAAUAUGACUUUCAUUUGCUUUUCCAGAAUAAAAAAGUUAUAAUUGAAAGACA